AUUACUUGACAGUCUAGGAGAAACGACGCCUGUCGGCCGCCGCUCCUUAACAUCUCAUACUCUUCUGCCGGAGCCGCAGCGGCAAGUCGAAAGUUCGCGAACAUCUCUUUCUCGUCUGUCAUACAAAAAAUGAGUUUUUUAAGGAGAAAUAACUUUACACGAUGCCUUUUUCGUUGGAUUGACUUACUGCAGCAGAGUUUUAUGCAUUGAAACAAUUGAUGUUCUGUAUCCAAUUCAGGUAAUCUAUCUGAAUCAAAAUUGACCUCGACCUUGAGCUUAGUCUACUUAAACCCGAGCCAAAACCUGUGGCUCGGGCUCACUCAAAUAGAGCCCUAUGAAACUUUUACCUGAGUUGAUUAUCUCUCUUUCAAAUGUCAAUGAACUAGUGAGGAACUGUGGUAUCCAGAUCAUCCAACUAAAGGACAGUGUCAACCAUAAAACCUUGAUAGCCCUAUAAGGAGGUUGAUUUUAGUUCUUAGUCUUGAAUCUUUGGCUACAAUUGUGAGAGACACCAGCAUGAUGGAAGAAGCUUCAGAGAUGAUGGAAGUGGAAGAACCUAAAAGUCAAAUGAAUCCGGAUUCCAUCAAGCGUUUUGGACUAAAGAACUUCAUCCCAACUAACUUUGGCGACGGCUAUGUAUUCCAAAUUGCCCCUAAGGAGGAUUUGUCACAAAUGGCGGUUUCUCUGUCAACCAACAUGGUGAAGCUGUACUCACCAGAGUCAGGUCAGUUCAUUGGAGAGUGUAAUGGUCACUCUGGUACUAUUAACCACCUCUCCUUCUCUGGUCCAUCUGGCCCUCAUGUCUUGCACUCUUGCUCCUCUGAUGGCACUCUCAGAGCUUGGGACACUAGAACCUUUCACGAGGUGUCAGGUGUAAGUGCUAGCUCAUCUCAAGAGAUCUUUAGCUUCUCAUUUGGAGGAUCCACCAAUAAUCUUCUUUCUACUGGAUGCAAAUCCCAGGUUCCAUUUUUGAUACUUUUCUGGGAUUGGAGGAACAAGAAGCAAGUCGCAUGCCUAGAAGAUUCUCAUACAGAUGAUGUUACCCAGGUUCACUUUGCCCCAGACAAUUGCAACAAGCUUGUCUCUGCUUCAGUAGAUGGGUUGAUAUGCAUAUUCGAUACAGAUGGAGAUAUCAAUGAUGAUGACAAUUUAUAUUCUGUGAGUAAUGUAGGAAGUUCAAUUGGGAAAGUGGGAUUUUUUGGAGAAUCCUAUCAGAAGCUCUGGUGUUUGACGUAUAUCGAAACUUUAAGUAUUUGGGAUUGGAAGGAUGGUAGAAACGAAGCAAACUUGCAGGAUGCUCGCUCAUUAGCCUCUGACAGUUGGCCGCUGUAUCAUGUUGAUUAUUUCGUCGAUUGUCACCACUCAGGAGACCGAUUAUGGGUGAUUGGCGGCACCAAUACUGGUUCUAUAGGUUAUUUCCCUGUAGAUUACACAGGAGGGGGGAGAAUACGAUCCCCGGAAGCAAUUCUUGGAGGUGGCCAUAUAGGUGUUGUUAGAAGUGUUUUGCCAAUGUCAAGCGAGAGUGGUGGGCCUGCCCAAAGCCGAGGCAUAUUUGGAUGGACAGGUGGUGAAGACGGUCGCUUGUGUUGCUGGUUGUCUGAUGAUUCCAAUAACAUAAAUCGAUCCUGGAUUUCGGGCGAUCUAGUUACAAGAUCCCCUCGGAUCAACAGAAGAAAUCGACAUAGCCCAUAUUAGUCUCUCUUUUUUUCCCUCGGUUUUCUUUGCGGACAAAUUACCUCUCCUGCUUCCUUUACUUUGUUUUUCUUUAUAUUGGAUAUCAGCUUGUACGGUUGGGCUUGUUUUUUGUGAGUCGAGUACAAUAUCAUAUGACAAUCCCUCUCGGAUUUGAAUCCA